CCCUCUUUGCUGGGUGGCUGGUUAAGCCUGGCUCAGUUAGGAAUGCUUUAAAAGGUGCCUGUCCAAAACUGAACUAACGUGACAGCGGCUGCUGAUCAAUACUGGCAUGGAGCCUCAGGACAGGGCUGGUGAAUUCUGGGAGUUGAAGUCCACACGCCUUCAAGUUGCCAAGGCGGAGCAGCCCCGCUCUAGGAGAUGUCUCAGUUCUGCCUCCAUCCUUCAAAAGCCCAGUUGCUCAAACCCGACUCCUCCUGGAUCCAUCAUUCUCUCACCCUCAGAGCCCCCUCUGGCUCACCCGUUCCCCUCAUCUGGGCUGCGCUUAAACCAGCCGACAAGGGCUCCCAGAAGAAAAAGGAGAGCCAAAACCAAACCACGUUUCAAGUCAAAUCAGAACAGAGCCUGGAGUCACCCAGCAUUGGGUGGCAGACUUCUUGGCUGCCUCAGAUCCUCUUCAGCAAAGGGUCCCCAGUGCUGUUUCCACAGGGCACUGGUCCAGCUGGCUGCAAGCGAAGAGCUCUUCAAGCAGAUGGCUGACCGGAUGGCGUUGGAUGGAUGGAAGGACGUUGGGUACCAUUUCCUGUGCAUCGAUGAUUGCUGGAUGGCUCCCACCCGCGAUAAACAGGGCAGGUUGCAGCCAGACCCCAAACGCUUCCCCAGCGGGAUUGGCAAACUCUCAGACUACGUCCACUCCAAAGGGCUGAAGCUGGGUAUUUAUGCAGACGUCGGGAACAGAACAUGCGCGGGCUUUCCCGGCAGCUACAGCCACUACGAACUGGAUGCAGAGACCUUUGCCAGCUGGGGGGUGGAUCUGCUGAAGUUCGAUGGUUGUGGCUUUGAGACGCUGGACCAGAUGGCUGAAGGUUAUAAGAAAAUGUCUUGGGCUUUGAAUAAAACUGGCAGAAGUAUUGUAUAUUCAUGCGAAUGGCCACUUUACCAGAGAUUUUUGCAAAAGGUCAACUACACAGAAAUUAAGCAAUACUGUAAUUACUGGAGGAAUUAUGCUGACAUCUCUGAUUCCUGGAGGAGCAUCGAGAAUAUCUUAGACUGGACCUCUAAUAACCAGGACAGUCUUGUUGACAUAGCUGGGCCCGGUGGCUGGAACGACCCAGACAUGCUGGUGAUUGGAAAUUUUGGCCUGAGCUGGGACCAGCAAGUAACACAGAUGGCCCUCUGGGCUAUCAUGGCAGCUCCGCUGCUCAUGUCCAACGACCUGCGUCAGAUUAGCCCAAAAGCCAAGGCUCUCCUCCAGAACAAGGAAGUGAUAGCUAUCAACCAGGAUCCCCUGGGCAAGCAGGGCUACAGAAUUACAAAGGACAACAACUUUGAGUUGUGGGAACGCCCACUCUCUGACGGAGCUUUUGCCAUAGCUGUAUUAAACCGGCAGGAGAUGGGUGGACCACGGGCUUACGUCCUUGCUACUGUGAUUGUUGGCAGUGGCUUAGCUUGUAAUCCCAGUUGUUUGAUCCAGCAGAUUCUUCCUACCAGGAAAGAUCUGGGGCUACACAACUGGGUUUCAUUUUUGAAGGUGGUGGUGAAUCCAACUGGUACCGUGUUGCUGAAGACAGUGGUGAACACAGACUUGACUUUUUACUGACAAUGGAAAAAGCUACUCUCAAGACCCCUUAUAACAUGAAGCAUUUUUGCCUUAUAAAUUAUUUCAAGAGGUUGUAAGGCAAAGCCUAAGAAACCCUCCAAAAGAAAUCAGAGCAAGGUUGCUGUAGAGUCUCCUUCAGUCAAGAAGCUGAUUGUCAACAAGCGCUAAGAUGGCCUUUUCUGAAUUCUUCGCUGAUUUGAAGUCUCGAGAGGGUGACAUAAUUUGCCUUUCUUUCUGGAGGUGUAGCUCGAAACAAAACUGACUCGCUGGCUUUGUGUCAAACUUUCAGCGUGUCAUACAAGCACAACUGUGGUGGCAGAACAGCAGCCUGUUUUCUUGUGCUGUUGACUUUUGGGAGACACAGAAAAGAUGAGUGCAGUUGUGUAUACUCACAGUCGCUUCUCAACAAUCACUGGAUCAGAAUAAGGUGUUUGUAAGGAUACAACAGCUUUACAGGCAGGUUUGUGC